AUGCCAUCGUUCGAUAUUGUUUCGGAAGUAGACAUGCAUGAAAUCAACAACGCCAUCGAUCAGGCGGUUCGCGAGGUGGGUACGCGAUUCGAUUUAAAGGGUGUGGACGCAAGCAUCGAACUCAGCGAUGAGACCAUUAUGAUCAGUGCGCCGGAAGAAUUUCAGAUUAAUCAGAUCGAAAGUAUCGUGCGUGACAAAUUAACCAGCCGCAAAGUGGAUACCCGGGCGUUGGAGCCUGGUCAGGUUGAAGGCGCGGGCAAGGUGAAACGCAAAACCUACCAGCUGCGCCAGGGCAUCGAUCGAGAUACUGCAAAAACCAUUACCAAAAUGACUAAAGAUUCCAAGCUCAAGGUGCAGGCGCAGAUAAACGGCGACAAACUGCGGGUGCAGGGAAAAAAACGUGAUGACCUGCAGCAGUUGAUGGCGUUGUUGCGUGAAGCAGACCUCGAUACGCCUUUACAGUUCGAUAACUUCCGAGACUGA